AUGUUACUGAUCCGGAGGAGGGUUGCAGCAGUGAUGCAAAUGCACCUGAAGCUAAAAAAUGCCGUAGAGGAAAUCUUCCCAAAGAAGCUGUUGAGGUCCUGCGUGAUUGGCUCUAUGAGCAUCGCCACAAUGCUUAUCCAUCAGAGGUGGAGAAGAACGCCCUGUCCAAUCAGACUCAACUCACCUUAUUGCAGAUAUGCAAUUGGUUUAUUAACGCUCGAAGACGCACUCUACAUGACAUACUCCGCAAGGAUGGAAAAGAUCCUGCUCAGUAUACAAUCUCUCGUAAGGGAACAAGAAAUUCGCAAGCACUACAUGUGCUCAGCAACAUCAAAUGGGUGCAUGUGGUCCGCAACUGCAAAUGGGUGCAUGUGGUCCGCAACAGCAAAUGGGUCCUUGUGGUCAGCAGCCACAAAUGCCUGCAUGUGGUCAGCAGCCACAAAUGCCUAUGGAUAUCCAACAAAUGACCCCUAUAGAGAUCCCUCAGCUUACACCAGUUGA